GGUUAACGGGCAGACUGGGCUAGCCAGAGCUCCUACCACCGCAGAUCUCGUGCCUCCCUCCCCAUCAUAUAUGUCUUUUGUUGUUGGUUAGCAUCAUGGGACAAGCACCGAGCAAUCCGCUGUCAAGCUGCCUUAAUGCCGUCUGCAACGGCCGCAGUAACUGCGUGGCGUACCCCGACCACCCCCUCUACCAGAUCUCCUGGGUCAACCGGUACAACCUCGACAUACCGGUCGAGCCGAUCGCCGUGACGAGGCCACAAACCGCCCAGGAUGUAUCGGAUUUCGUAAAGUGUGCCGUCACCAACGAUGUCAAGGUGCAGGCAAAGUCCGGUGGCCAUUCCUACGCGAACUACGGCCUAGGCGGACAGGACGGCGAGCUUGUCAUCGACCUCGUCAACCUCCAGGACUUCUCCAUCGAUCGAAAUACGUGGCGAGCGACCAUCGGCGGCGGUACUCGACUCUCCAAGGUGAGCGACCUGCUCCACGACAACGGCAAACGGGCAAUCUCGCACGGAACCUGCCCUGGUGUGGGCAUCGGCGGCCACGCGACGAUCGGUGGACUCGGACCCUCCUCCCGCAUGUGGGGGUCCUGUCUUGACCACGUUGUCGAGGUCGAGGUCGUGACCGCAGAUGGCUCUAUCAAGCGGGCUAGCGAGGCCGAAAACAGCGAUCUCUUCUUUGCGUUGAAGGGUGCCGGCGCAGGUUUCGGUAUCAUCACUGAGUUCGUCGUGAGGACGCAUCCGGAACCUGGCAACAUCAUCCAGUAUUCGUUCUCGCUCACGUUCGCCAAGCACUCGGAGCUAGUCCCUAUCUUCCGGCAAUGGCAGGAGCUCAUCUCAGACCCGAACCUCGAUCGGCGAUUUGGCACCGAGUUCGUGAUGCACGAGCUCGGCGUCAUAAUCACGGCCACAUUCUAUGGAACUGAGGAGGAGUGGAAGGCGACUGGCAUCCCCGACAGGAUUCCCACCGGCAAAGUCUCCGUCGUCGUCGACGACUGGCUCGCCGUCAUCGCCCAGCAGGCCCAGGACGCUGCCCUCUGGCUUUCCGAGAUACGCAGCUCCUUCACAGCGCGGAGCUUGGCGUUCCGCCCCGACGAGCUGCUCUCCUUAGACACAACCACCAAGCUCAUGAACUAUAUCGACCGUGCCGACCGCGGUACGCUUCUCUGGUUCCUGAUCUUCGACGCGAGUGGCGGUGCCAUCAGCGACGUGCCGAUGAACGCGACUGCCUACUCCCAUCGCGACAAGAUCAUGUUUUGCCAGGGUUACGGCAUCGGUAUCCCGACCCUAUCUCAGAACACGAAGAAUUUCAUCGGCGGCAUCAUCGACACGAUUCAGGGAGGUGCGGCGCAGGCCCUGACGACAUAUCCCGGCUACGUCGAUCCGAACCUGCUAAAUCCCCAACAAGCCUACUGGGGCCCCAACCUCAACGCUCUGGGUCAGGUCAAGGCCAAGUGGGAUCCUAAUGACGUCUUCCACAACCCGCAGAGUGUGAAGCCGGGAGCGGCGGCGAGCUCGUAAGGCGCAGGCAGAUUUAGGAGUUGAUACCCCUCCCCCCCCUCUUCACAUUAAUAAUGUCGCAGUAGCACCUAAAGUAAUGAUAUCUCCUUUGAAACAUACUCUCGUGAACUCGCGAACCGGACGAGUGGUGAUUCGUCGGCUAAAGGCGCGUAUGCUCCCUCGUUGUAUCCCGUCUGGGCCACCGAGGGUAUUCCAGAUGGAUCAUUUCUGCCUUCGUGGCGCCGUUAGCGAUGCUUCUUCGUAGGGCUUGGUGGAAUGUAUACCAACGCGUUUCGUGCGUUCCGAUCUCGAAGUUGCUUGCUCGCCUGCCUACCUGUAUCGGGGAAGCCGGUU